AUGGCAUUCCUCGCGACUCUCCUCCCACCAUUGGAGGGUUACGAGAACCUGGUGUUUAUAUCCGCCGUUCUUGUUUCGGUCGUCAUAGUCUACCAAACGUUCUUCGCCAUCAGGUAUCCAGCAAAUCUACCAUUGAUCGGAGAACCAGCUGGCAAAAGGCGUUUCAGUCUACGUACGCGGCUGAGAUACUACUCCGACUGUGCUGCCCUGUACAAGGAAGCAUACGACAAGUUCAUUAAAAAUGGCAAGUCGGUGCUGCUCCCAGGCCUUGGGUUCCGCGACGACAUCAUCAUGCCUCAAAGUGCCAUGCGGUGGGUUCUUUCGCGCCCUGAGAACGAACUCAGCCACGCGGACGCUGUUCUCGAAGUCGUCCAGCUCAAGUACGGGUUGGGCCACGAGAGAUAUAAGCAGGAUCCCUGGCCGGGCAUGCUUGUUAAAACGGAGAUCAACUCGAUGUUGGAGAAUGUCUGCGCUGAGCUGAAUGAUGAAUUGGCGCACGCUUUCGACAGGUUUCUUGGCAGUGAUGUAGAGUCAUGGAAGGAGAUUGACCUGUUUGCGACCAUCAGAAUGGUCGUGGCGCAGGCUGCCAGUCGCUUUACUGUCGGUCUUCCUCUCUGUCGAAAUGAAGAAUAUCUGUCGGACUGCUGGAAAGUUGUCGAUGGAAUAGUAAUAAACGGCGGCUUGACAGGCGCAAGCCCUCAACCACUACGCCCGUUGGUUGGUCCAAUCUUCAGCUGGAACCUCCGCCGCCAGAUCGAGAAGAUCAAAAGGCAUUUUGAACCGAUCUACCGCCAGAGACUUCGAGAUUUGGGUCGCAGCAAUGGAAAAGACCAAGAAAGCCAAGAGCCCAGGGAUCUUCUGCAAAUGAUGCUUCGUUAUGCCCAGAAGGAGCGACCCGACGAGCUAUACGACUUUGAUAUCAUGACGAAACGCCUCUGUUUCGCCAACUUCGCAGCCGUGCACCAGACGAGCAUCCUUGUGACGAACAUGCUGCUCAACAUCAUGGGCUCCAAUGCCGAAUUCAACACCAUGUCGGUCCUCCGAGACGAGGUAACCCGCGUCAUCGGAGCCGAUGGCCGCGGCGAGUGGACCAAGUACAAGGUCGCACAGAUGGUCAAGGCCGACAGUGUGGCGCGCGAGACUCUACGUCUGAACUCAUACAGCAACCGUGGGAUCUUCCGGAAGGUCAUGGUUGAUGGCGUCGUGACUGAGGAAGGUAUCAAACUCCCCAAGGGAUCAUUCAUCUCGUUCCUGGGCUACCCUCUUCAAUAUGACCCCGAGAACUACGACAACCCUUUCCGAUAUGAUCCCUUCCGGUUUUCUCGCGCCCGAGAGGCGGCAGCCGAUGCCAAUGGCAGGCCCGGACUGGGCAAUAUGAGUUUCGUGUCGACUUCGCCUCAGCACCUGCCGUUUGGGCAUGGCAACCAUUCCUGCCCCGGACGGUUCCUGGUCGACUUCGAGGUGAAGAUGAUUAUUUCGUAUGUUCUUGCGAACUACGAGGUGGAGUUUCCGAAGGAGUAUGACGGACAACGUCCGCCUAACAAGUGGGUGGCUGAGGCUUUUGCGCCGCCCCCUGGGGCUAGGAUCAGGAUCAAGAGGAAGAAGGGUAGCGUGGACUAA